AUGGAACUUGUCAACAGCCUCGAAGGACGCUUGCUCUUUGCAGUGCCCAAAAAGGGCCGAUUGAACCAAGCGACCUUGAACCUUCUCGAAGGCGCAGACAUCCAGUUUAGGAGAGAGAACCGCCUCGACAUCGCCCUCGUCAAGAACCUCCCCAUCGCCCUCAUCUUCCUGCCCGCCGCCGACAUCCCCACGUUCGUCGGCCAGGGCCGCGUCGAUCUCGGAAUCACAGGCUGGGACCAAGUCAAGGAGCACGAUGCAGCCGUCAACGCUGCUGCUGCUGCCGACGGAGGCGCUCCCGCUCAGGGCUCGGGCUGCGAGAUGAUCACGGAGCUCGGGUUCGGCGCGUGUAAGCUCCAGGUUCAGGUUCCGGAAAAGGGCCAGUACGCCAGCAGCGCAGACCUCAUCGGCCGCACAGUCGGCACGAGCUUCGUGAGCCUGACUGCCGACUUUUUCGCCCAGCUGGAGGCGCAGGCCAAUGGCGCCGCCAACGACUCUUCGCGUCCGCAGAAGCUCCAGACCAAAAUUGUCGAGUUGAGCGGUAGCGUGGAGGCAGCCUGCGCGUUGGGAGUUGCCGACGGCAUCGUGGACCUUGUUGAAUCAGGAGAGACCAUGAGGGCUGCGGGACUGAAAGCCAUCGACACGGUGGUCGAGUCAGUGGCCGUUCUCAUCAAGUCUCGGGCGCCGUCAAACCCCGACCUGGUAGAUCUCAUUGCCUCGCGGAUACGUGGUGUCAUCACAGCCCAGAAAUAUGUCCUCUGUCAGUACAACAUCGAGCGAUCCGGUGUCGCGGCGGCCACAAAGAUCACUCCCGGAAAACGCGCCCCCACCAUCACAUCCUUGGAUGACGGCUGGGUUGCUGUGAGCUCAAUGGUCGAAAAGAAGAAGAUCGCCCUAGUUAUGGAUGAACUGACCCGAGUUGGCGCGCACGACAUUCUGGUCUUGGAUAUUCACAACACGCGAGAGUAA